AUGUUGACAGGCAGCCGGGGCAACUACUGUGCAGUGUGUGCGCCGUGCCCGGUGCUGGUGGUGCGCAUGGCGCCAGAGGAGGAGCAGAUGCGCCUGCAGUGCAACCGCCCGCGCCGCAUCGCGGUAGGGCUGGACAGGAGUGAGGCGAGUGGCGAGGCAUGCAAGUGGGUGCUGCACCACGUGUGCCGCACAGAGGACCGCCUCUACCUGCUGCAUGCCGACCGAGAACCCAGCUAUGCCAUGCAAGACCGCAUGCUAGCAGCUGAUGGGAAAAAGACAAAUGACAUGGUGAUGCGGCCGCACUUUGACGCUCUCAUCUCCCUCGCGUUGCAAACAAAGUGCUACCCUUUACCGGCUCUUGCGCGUGUGUAUUCUCCGUAUUCGGGCUUCAACUGCUUAUCUCGCAACGAGCUUCUUCGAAUGGCCGGAUCUGCGAUGGUGGUAGAGAACCCCGUCUUUUCUUCGGCUAACCUCUUCAAGCCUAAGAUUCACCCGGAUACGUACGAACCUGGAAGCGUGUUCGACGACUCAUUUCACACGCCUACCUCGAAUCCGGCCAAGAAUGGCGUCAACAUCGCACGGAAGAUGCUCGUCACGAAAUGGGGUCUUCCCUGGGGGUCUGGCAACUCCGACGCAAAACGCAUGGAUCUCGACACGGGUGGCGGUCAGGUUCAUCAGCAAAAUGACGUGCGCAGAUUUGACGGAGAAACGCGUACAAUGGACAAUCCCAUUUUCAUGGCGCCAAGCUUCUUGGCCGACGCCGGAAGCAUCCGUGUUCUGCAGUCGCAGGCGUCGCUUGCUUCGACUGGACGCGCGGGAAUGAUAGACGGCGAGAUUCAGCGGCUCAUUCGGGAUAAGCGGCUGGAGGAUCCCUUUUACGUGAUGGACAUUGGGGAAAUCGUCCGUCUGUUUACGGGAUGGACGAACUCCUUUCCCCGGGUCCAUCCGUUCUACGCGGUGAAGUGCAACCCGUCGCCGCUGCUCCUCUCUGUGCUUGCAUCCUUAGGAGCGGGAUUCGACUGCGCGAGCAAGGCCGAGAUUUCUCAGGUUCUGAGCAUGGGUGUGUCGCCUGACAAUAUCAUCUUCGCCAACCCCUGCAAGAUGCCGUCACACGUCACCUACGCCUCGCGAGUGGGUGUGCGUGCGACGACGUUCGACUCUGAAUCCGAGCUUGUCAAGGUACACGCGUUGAACCCGUCUGCGGUGGUGCUGCUCCGUCUGCAAGCCAACGACUCCACGGCUCGCUGCAACCUCGGCGUCAAGUACGGCGCGCUCAUGCACGAGGUGCCUUCUCUCCUCGCCGUCGCGGCCCGCCUCAAGCUCCACGUAGCGGGAGUAUCGUUCCACGUCGGUAGCGGCGCGGCUGAUCCCGCUGCAUUCACCCGCGCCAUAGCUGCAGCGCGCGACGUGUUCGACAUGGCUGUUGACGUGGCACGAGCGGCCGGCACGCCUGCCAUGUCGGUUCUCGACGUGGGCGGCGGGUUUACGGCGCCUGGGACGGGUUGCUCUGGCGGCAUGGCUUUCGACGCUGCGGCCAAUGCGAUCAACUCGGCGCUUGACCGCUUCUUCCCGGAAGCCAGCGGCGUGACGGUGAUCGCGGAGCCUGGCAGGUACUUUGCUGAGACGCCCUCGACGCUCGCGACUUGCGUCUUCGGCCGUCGGGUACGCGGCGAGCGGCGCGAGUACUGGAUCAACGACGGGCUGUACGGCUCGAUGAACUGCGCGCUCUACGACCACGCGACUGUGCGCGCGCACCCGCUUGCGCGCGCGUCCGCCGCUUAUGACGGGUCUUCCGCCAACAACGAAUUUGAUGGCGGAAGAUUUGAGGUUAUUGACGUGAGCGGCGGCGGCGGUACGGAUGACAAGGCGGAAGAUGGCGAGGGCUUGCCUCCGGAGGCGGAGUGCGGGGGAAAGCGCAGGAAGGGCGGCGGAGGCGCGGGAGCUUUGCGCGGGGCGAGCGGAGCGUCCUUCCCGUCGACGGUGUUCGGUCCCACGUGCGACGGGCUGGAUAUGGUUCUGCGCGACGAGGCGCUGCCUGAGCUGGCGAUCGGUGAUUGGCUGGUGUUUCCAAACAUGGGCGCGUACACUGCGGCGGCUGGGUCCAGCUUUAACGGGUUCGCGACCGGGGAGAUUAAGACGUAUUUGGUGUACACCGUGGAAGGAGAGGAGGAGCACGGCGGCAAGGCGGGCCUGGCGGCUGCAGGGAUCAACGGCGGAAGUGGAAGCGGAAGCGGAACGUUUGAGGGGAUGAGCAUGUGCGAGAUGCUGGGAGGGGAUGGCGGUGGCAUGGGGGAGGCAGCGGGAGAGGCGGGGAUGUACCUGACGCGGUCGGCGUCAGAGGAGAUGCUGCACUCGCCGCGGAGCUCUGGCGGAGGCAGCAGCGACCGCGGGAGUCUGGGCGGCGUGUGCGACGCGGCUGGCAGUGAGAGCAUCUGA